AUGAAAGACCCUUCACGACUCGCCCGUAUCGCCCACGAGGCUGGAGCCUCGAAAUAUUCCCAUAUUCAACGACUGCGCCCUCUGCAGCCCCUCGAACCAAGACCCCAGUGGGCGUCUCCGGCCGACGCCGCCGCCGCAAGAGAGAUCCUCGUCCAACAACGCACCCAAAACCUGACGUGGAGAGACCCAACAAAGCAGAAACGGCGGUUCCUCCGCACCAAGGCGAAGAACGAGUCUCUCGCUAACCCAGAAAAUUGGUCAUUUUCGCGCGCCGAGCGCUCCGUCGCGCUCGAUGAUUGGAUCAGGCAGCUGGGCUCUGUGGGCGUGGCGCAGGCGCUUCUCGAUUUUGGCGAACCGCUGGAUGUUAACUUGAUCGAGACGGAGUCAAGGGAUAAGGAUUUUUCUGAGCUGGAGGUGCCGCAAGAGAAUGACUGGCUCGAGUAUGUUGCGUGCACUGGCUCUCUCGAACACGUGGUGCUGCUGGCCAGUUACCCAACUCGGCAAUCGGCCAAGGAUAGGGCUUUGUCCGUUGCCCUAAGCGGGCGGCGCAUGUCCGUGGUGAAAGAGCUGCUGCGCUAUGGCGCCAACCCAAACAACGGUCUUUGCGAUGCUUAUUUUCUUCCGGCGGUCGUCGAAGGCGAUCUCGAGCUGGUUGGGCUGUUCUUGUCUGCGCUUAAUCCGCUGACCAACGCCGCUAUUAGCACAGCCUUGGUCAAAGCAGUCGAGACAUGCAAUUCGCAUAUGGUGUCUCUCAUGCUUGCGCAUGGAGCAGAUGCGAGUCACGACGAGGGCAAGGCACUUGAAAGUGCCGUCCUCAAAAACAGAUUUCAAGAUCUCGCCUUGAUCUGCUGGAAAACGCAGCGGCAGCUAUCCUCUGCAGGUUUCAGCAAAGCCAUCAGCACAUCGUGCACGGUUCAAGAUAAAUAUGAGCGAAACUCGACUUUGAACCUCUUGCUAUGCGCUGGUGCAGACCCAAACCAUUCGGCUUUAGAAGACCUCUUGCUUCAAGCCGCCAGAAUAGGGAGCACGUCGACCGUUUCCCUUCUGAUCGCCCACGGGACAUCACCGAACCGAAGAGACGGCGAGCCUCUCCAAGUAGCUGUUCAGAGCCGACGAAUCGACCUUGUCGAAAUUAUUCUUCAGAGCACCAGCGUCUCUUCCAAUAGCACAUCCAAAGCGCUCCAGCAAAUCCCCGAGGAAGCAUCCGACAGUGAAUUUCACGAACUUGCAACUUGUCUCAUAAACAAGGGCGUCACCGAAGAAGCCCUCAAUGUCUGCCUUGCACGCGUCGUCGGUACGCAGAGAUUAAACUUUUUCGUGCCUACGCUGGUGAAGCAGGGGGCCUGUCUGGACUACGACGACGCCGCCAGCGUUCGUUUCGCGUUGCGCGAGCAAAACAUGACUCUGUUAGAAACGCUACUCAUUGCCCCCUGCGCUGCCUAUAAUCUAGCAAAAGCUAUUCCAGACGCAAUGGCAAUACCGUCUGGAUUGGUUAGGCGCAAUACCAUGGACCUGCUUUUACGAAAGGGCGUCUCGGGGCCAGAACUGCAUCGGGCUCUACGCACUGCAGUUGGGGAAGCCGACGGCCGGCGAGUUGAUUACGAGUUGGCCGAGCUUUUGAUUCGAUACAAGGCCUCUGUCGAUUUUGUCGGCUCAAAUGGGAACUGUCUCUAUAUCGCGGCGCAGCGUCGUGACUUGACGGCUAUCGAGCUGUUGUGUCGUGGACAGCCAUCGUCCGAUACCACAUCGGCUGCUCUGUCUUUGGUCUUAACUGGCUCUGGAAGCUCUUCAAGUUUUGAUCAUGCGGAUACGUAUAAGAUUCUCUCUGUCUUGCUACGCCAUGGUGCGUGUGGAGAACCCCUUGCUCAGGCCCUCAUCGACGCCGUUCAGCAGGGCUGCGAUGUCCGCACCAUCGGCCUACUUCUGGAUAAAGGCGCCGAUGUUAAUUACAAGAACGGAAAAGCAGCUGAAUACGCCUUGUCUGCGUCGGAUAUCAUAAGCCUUAAACUUAUCUGCGAGAGUGGGAGACUAGAGCAAGGCCCUCUAGAGAGAUUGGUUCCACAAGCCCUGGAACCUCUGCUGUUUAGCAUCGAUAAGGCAGGUUAUCUGCUUAGGUGCUGCGUAAAGUAUAGCGCUAUUCUCGAUUCGACGCUACUGCUAGAGGUCGCGAGUAUGGGGCGACGACGGGAAGUGAUUCAGCUGUUGCUUGAACUCGGUGCUAGUGUUGACCAUAUGGAAGCUGCUGCUUUGGGACAUGCCGUUACGGAAGGUGAUAUUGAUACGACAAAGAUGCUUCUAUUGAAGAACCCUGCGCGGAAUCAUCUCCCAGCUCUCUUGAAAGUGGCGUCAAAGAUAGAUAGUAGCAAACGCCAAAGGCUCAGCAUGAUGCAGCUCUUCCUGAGUCAUGGUGGCCCUGGGAUUGGACAGGAUGAUGUUCUCGUACAAGAAAUCGAAUUGGUGUCUACUCGAGAGGAUGAUCUGUCCUGUAUCAAGCUUUUGCUUGACAACGGUGCAUCUGUUGACUACCAACAAGGUGCUCCAGUCCAAGCAGCUCUUGAUCGCAACCAAAUACCGAUUUUCGAUCUUUUUAUUUCCCAAAGGCCGGCUAGGGUAUCUUUAGCGAAUGCCUUUUCUUCAGGAAGACGAAACACGGCCUUGACAAUCCAAGAGAGAUGGCAUGUCUUUGACUCUUUAUUUAAAGCCGGCAUGGGAGGCAACAACAGCGACACUGAAUCAGCCUGUUUGGCAUUAAUCGAAGCCGUUGAGCGCGACCCGUCCGAUACAACAAUUCCAACUUUGCUUGUAAAAAACGGGGCUUCAGCGGAGUACGAGCAAGGCCGUGCAUUGCAAUCAGCAGUGUUGAGCGCAUCGGCAGCCUUGGUUGAGCUAUUUCUUUGCCAACAAGAGCAACGGCCAAACAUUAAUCUCAUCAACAGAGCCUUUGGAAGCAUGAUCAGCUCGCGUUCCAUCGAUCUUCCGGGUGGCUUCAAAACAGCUAAGCUGCUCCUGGAACACGGAGUGCAAAAGUCUCUAAUCGACAACGCUAUGGGUAAAGCAUUCUCGACUACAACUGGGUAUACAUCCAAAAAAGAGGUCAGCCUGUUCCUGUCCCACGGAGCUGAUGUGAAUUCCGGGAGUGGCACGUACUUUGUCCACGCAGUUGAGAAGGAAGAUAUGGAGCUCUUCCAUACACUGGUUGCUAGCGGCCAGCCCAAUAUCUCGUUGAUCAUUCCUGCGCUAAUUCAGUCCAUCGCACCGGAGAAAGUACUCGUGCGGUACCUGCGCGUUUUGCUUGCCAGUAAACCGUCGAAUGUACCCAUUGAACCCAGUACGUUGUUCAUGGCUAUUAAACGCUUUCCGCGGGGCGAAGAGCUUGUUCGACUUCUAUUCGAAUACGGAUGUGUAUCAAACUCGACAACAGUAGCUACGAUUAGCCCUGUGGUGGGCUCUGAAAAUAUCAACCUCGUGAUUUGGGCUUUAUUACGUGGAAACCCAAAGGUUAGCGACGAGGUUAUAGUCGCAAUACUGCAGGCUGGGAAUGAAGAUCCGUCAUUUAUGACUCCCAAAACGCGACUAUCUGCCACAAUUCUCGCGGCUCAAAGCCAACGCCAUACGGUUCUGAUCGAAUUGGUCGUUCAAAAAGCAGACGUUUCUUGUCGUGAUCACCAGAACCAAUCCGCACUUUUCUAUGCUGGUCGCAACGGGGACCGAGAGUCGGUGAAAAUAUUGAUCCAUGCUGGUGCACGACCCGACGACGGAAGUCUGCAUGAGGCUGCGCGAGAGGUCCAUCCCAAGGUUGUCUCUUUAUUGCUGUCAGCAGACCACGACGCGAGCUUUCCCUCGUUGCUGCACUCGGACGAAGCCUGCUUCGGACGUACUGCUCUGGAGGAACUGUGCCUGAAAGCGUAUCGUACCAGUGACGAUAAUGGAAACUGGAAUACUAGGAUCCGUGAGAUCAUCGGGAUGCUACUACCUCGUUCCUACCAGGGCACGGAAAUGAAGAAGAAUGGCAACAAAAAGUCUAUCCUUCACGUUGCACUUGACAACGCCUACCCCUUUGAUGUAACCGAAGCUCUUUUGGAGUUUCCACAGAUUUGGAAAUUCAUUAACGAGCCGAUUCACCAGUUUGAAUCUCCAGAUGGAUUGGUCUACUCACCGACCAAAUAUGUGGAACACUUCUACCGCGGGCCGCAAAACGUUACGAAAGAACUCAUUCGGCUUCUUCGAGGCAAAAGAUGUCAAGACGUUUACUAUUCCACUCGGCCAGACAACCAGCCAGACGAUGCGGUUGGAAUGCCCGAGGAAAUUGCCAAGGAAAUCGCAAACAAGAAACGCAUGGAGCGCGAGCAACAAUAUGAAAUGGAGCGAGUCAACGCGCUCGCGGCACAUCAGCGAGAAGUCCGGAUGCAGGACCAUCACCUAGAUCUACGCAUGUCAGACGAGCGGCAUGAAAAGACGAUGAAACAGGCGCAAGACCGCGAGACCUGGGAGCAGCGAGUGCUGCAAGACAAGCACAAUUUGGUCAUUAUACACGAGCAGAGCCUCGGUCGACAGCGCCGUAACGAGUCACAGGAAGACAGCCAUCUCCGGCUCCGGCUGUUAAGUGACGAGUCUAUCCAUAAACAGUCGCUUCUCGAAGUGGAGAGAAAUGGCGAGAUACAGUACAAAGGCAGAUUGAUGAUCCAAGAACGAGACGCCGAGCAGGCCAAAAUGGAGAUACAGAGGAAACUGAUGUGGGAGCGCGACCAGAUAGACGAAAAGCAACAUGGACGACAGCUACAGUGGAUAGAACGCCAGGAUCUGAGCGUCAAGAACAGAGCUACCGAAAUGAAGGCCAUCGCCGAGGCUGCUAGGACCGCAAACAUGCCACCGACUAUGUUACAACUUGUUCUUUCAAAACUCGUAACUGAGAAUAUGGCUUCAACCAAAGAUUUCAAGCUAAACGCUAGCCAGUUGGAAUAUAUCUUCAAUCAUGUGUUUUUACCCCCAAAUGUCCCACAAAAUGACGACUAUCAAGACAGCAAUGAGAAAGUCUUGCUCAGAGUGGUUGGAUAUGCGAUAAACAAAUUCAAAAACCACGUAUCUCACGAUAUGGCUCUGGUGAUUGAACAGGUUGGUAGCAUGAUCGACCGCCUCAGUAUGUUGCUCGAUCGUGACGGCAUCACCGAUGGAAAGCGGCUACAAGACGCCCUUGCAAAUUUAGGCACUGAAGGUGGUUUCCUUCUCCUCCACAUACGAGCCCAAAACUGCGGGAUUCUUAUGAGCAGAGUUGAAGACUCCAUCGACAUAGAAGCGUUUGAAGUAUCGCCUCUCAACUCCAACGUUAUCAGCACUUUAGGGCGAUUGCGGAGAACGUUUCCAGGUCCAGCACUUUCAAUGAGCGUCGAAAAGUUCAAAAACAACGAUUUUCAAGUGGCCGUAGCCGAGACACUGGCGAAGAUGAGCCACCAAACAGCGCCCAAGACAAAGCCACAGGUACGAAAGAAAGGCAUGCUGCAGGAUGAGGGACGGGACACAACACAUCCAAAACUCGUGACUGAGCUCUUUUUCAACUUUCUGAGACCACAGUGCACUGAAAAUAAGCCCUUCACUAUCGUAAAGAACACCCGCGAGGAAGUGAUGUGGCUUGACUGCAAACAACCUUGGCACCGGUCAUCUCUUUGGCUCCUCGUCCGCGUUGGAACGCAGCUAGCUCUUUCAAGAAGCUCCAAAGAGUCGAGUAUGCCCAAUGAAUCAUACAAGGUUUUCAUGGUGUUUUUCUUAACCACUAUCCUUGACUUGUCGUGUCAGGCUGGUGGCCCUUGCGAAAUGAUCUAUGCCAUGCAAGCCAAAAUUUGUCGGCGAUUACUGAAGCUUGACAGCUUGGGAAAAUCUGUGAAGCUAGAUUAUAUCGAGCAUAUCUUACAGAAGUCCUCGGCUUAUCUUCAGUCCAAGUGGGACUCGAUCAUCUCUGAUAGCGAGCCUAAAAUUUCCCUCCAUUUAGGCGAGAGCAACCUGACUCUUGAUACGAUGCAUAAUCUACCGGAAGUAGAUGACUUCAUUCAAGAGCUGUCUCAACUAAAAUCGAAUCAAACCACCAAAGGUCUAUUCUCACCACCGUCAAAACUCGCCAAAUUCUAUGAAAGUCAUAUUCCCUCACUUGACGGGAUAGCCGAAGAUGACUACAUAGUAUACAACCUGAAAGCAUUUGAGUCAUGGGUUGAGAAAAGUCUUAACGUAUGGGUUUCAAAUAAUAUGAAUGAGCAGACCGCAUGUGGAAAACUCAGCAAACUGAUGCGCCGCUACCAUAAACUUGCAGCACUCCUAUACGCAGAGAACCCUGAGGCCACAUCUGAGAUGUUGCUGAUCAUCACAGAGCUCUGGAUAGCCUGCGAUAGGUGCACAAUUUCUAUUGAUGACACUAUCAGACAGUACGACGUUGGUGUUCCAGAUAAACUUUUCCAAUGUUUUAUCCUUCGCUCUAGGCCACAGAUGCAGAGACUGUACGAGGCUGAGAACUAUAUACGAUCUCGUCGAGAUGAAGCCUACCAUAAACCUUCAGAAACUUUUCAAGGUUUUGGAAGUUCCAAUUGCUAUUCCGUGAAAUAUUUCAACCGGUCAGAUGAGCUUCAAAACCUCAAGAGGGACAUCGAAGCCCAUGCCGAACAAAAAAAGACUCUGAAAAUCCAAGAGCUCCAUGAAAAGAAAGAACUGUACAAGAAAUUGAUGGGAGAGCAUAAAGCUAGCUAUCAUGAUCAGGAAGAGGUAGUCGUGGACUACUAUCAAGAUAUUCGUGAAAAUAGAUGCAAGAGCUACUGCCGUAAAUGCGUUUGUCUACAACGGGCAGUGUCUAUGAAAAUCGACAUCCACGAAUGGCCCCUUCCAGCGGAGGACAUGGAAGCCAAAUCUGUCGUGUUCGAGCUCAGAGUUCCGCAGUGGUAUGGCUAUUGGCGCGACACCGCCAUGUAUCUACUGUAUGAUGUAUACGGGAUGAAUUACCAGACAGAGAGCAAGCCACGGGCCAUAUAUAAGCCUUCUACCUACCUGGGUCUCCAGAAGUACUUUAAGGCAUACUGUCCGGAUCCGCGGUUCAGUCUCUUAUCAGAGAUUAAGCCUCAUACAAACACUCAUCGGAAGCAAAUGCCUAUUGUUGAUGUGGUGACAGAGUCUGAAAUUUGUUUACUAAAUGCGUUACACUAUCGCUGCUUUGAUAAUGGUCGUGGCAUCUUUAUCAGUGAAUUCCAUAUCGAGGCCGAUCACAUACCUCCUUCUUGCAUUUAUAUAUUGCCGCAAAAGUCAUCUGCGCUGCAGCAAUACCUUCAGCGUCCGGAAUCUGAUCCUAAUGGUCCACCGCCAAACAAGAUCAUCGCCCACCAGUGUGACUGCCCACAGGAUAUGCAACUGGAGGAAUACAAAGCUUUGGCUCAACUUCCCUUGGGAGUUCGUAUUCAGUGGCAAAAUAUCCUUGUUCAACUUGCCAUGCCAGCGGUAAACUUCAAGAAAUGCGAAACGACGUUGUUCAUAUUGCAAGCUAUCUACCAGGCUGGCCCAAGGACUGGAAAUACAUGUAUUCUUCGAGAAGGACACCAAGUAAUUGAUGACGAGAAUUUCACAUGGACGCUUUUGAGAAGGAUUCAGGACAUGAUUAUAUCCAUACAAGAGAACUGGGAAGGAUACCAGGCCUUGAACACCCUGACUUCUCUAACUGUGCGGGUUGUUAGUUUGAAUUCAAACGUAGAAAUUCAGGGAGAAGGAUUGAGAAUUCUGCAAAGACUGAGGUCUGUUGCUUGCUCAUGGAUUGAAAUUCUCAAAGAAAAGGUCCAAGAAUCAACAAGUGACCAACGCAGAAAAGAGCUAUCAGAGAAAAGUGUGCUUCUCUCGUUGAUUUGUGCCUCUUCAUUCAGUGUUGAUCAGGACCACUUACAAUCCAUACUAUCCAACUCCGAAGGCCUAUCUACCUUGAUCCAAAGUUCAAUUACCAUCGAAGAGGGCCGCAAUUGCAUCACCUCCUCGCUGGAUCCAUUGGCACCGGUUCUGCAUCUUAGUUGGAAGCAGCUGUUGUUCCGUGCCAGUUUGAUUAUUAUUGAAAAUAUCAACGGCGUCACCUCAUUGGCCCUGAACCAUGCCAUACGACGGUCGUGGUCGGCUUAUAACCAAGAUACCGACUGGAAAAAAGCCUCAAAAGAGGAAAAUGACUGGAUUUUUACAAUGACGACCAGUCGGGGCGGGGUGAAUGCGUUGCCCGUGCAUUACAACAUUCUUACCGGAGAGCUCCUAGUCGAUGGCGACCGUUUGUCGAGCCUGCCUCCAAAGUACGAGCAACAUUCGACUUACGGGAUUUUGUUUGGACGCUCCUCCUUGGAAAUCAUGCCAAGCGGAAUCUCGGGAAUGAGAUAUUCGACAAAAAAGGCAUAUGCAGGACAUACUGUGCACUUUGGUAUCUCCGGUGAAAACACUGUUGAAUGUGACCUAAGGAUCAGGGCUGUCAAUCCAGACCAGACUUUGGAACUAGUACCAUCAAGGCUAUUAUGUAACAAGUUACCAUCUGCAUUUAUCGAAAGCUUCGUCCAUUGGUAUGAUAGUGCAACUCGACAGAUUGAAUUCCGUCCAAUCAAUAAUGCCUGGCGGCCGUCCUCCGAAGCAUGGAUCUUAGCACGAAACGCCCACGGCCAAAGUUGGCAACUUACCAGAGGUGAAUCGUCCUUGAUGAAUAUGGAAAGUCUAAAAGUUCUUAAAAUAUCAAAAAUUCUCGCUCCACUGGAACUUCCUCAUCGGCUGCAUGUGUCACUGAAAUCAUUAACAUCAACAAUCGAGAUUGACAUUCCUUGCCUUGAUCUUGGUUUUCAGAUUGAGCGAGGCAGUCAGGAAAUUCGGUCUCGAGAGUUUCGCGGAUUUCUAAUUGAUGAAGACCAGUCUCUUGGCUCUCUGAUAAAUUUCAAGAAUAAACUUGUUCUUACCCACGAAAAACAGGAAUCCCAAUUAGCUCUCCUCUUGGGAGGACCACUUCGGACUCAGAAGAGUGGCGACCAUGUAACUGUUCAAGUCGAUCAAAAGGUCACGGCGAGAGCAUACGCAUUUCAAAUUGACCCUUGGCUAGGCCGAUUGGUUGAUAGCGGAAAUUUGCAAAGCAAGCUUUUUCUCUGCUUAGUCCACGCAUUAACUUCGUUCUGUUUACCAGAUCCUCUAACGAAAAAGACCGGCACUGAACAAGCCAUCUCAAUCUUGAAUUCCGCAUCAUUAAACUCGUUUGAUUCUUUGUCCGAGGAGAAUCUUUGCACACUUCACGAAAUCGCCCACCUCGCCCCAGGGCGUCGGUACUAUCCUGAAAAUGAGAAAGAAAUGCAAACAGUGAUAUGGAGGCCGGAGCUUGGGUUUUUAGCUCAGGAUGGGGCGUUCUUCAAAACAGUACAAUGUCUAAUCAACGACAAAGUUCGGCAAAAGUUCCUCUGGCCUGAGAGUUGUCAGAAACUGCCUAAAUUUGAUUUUGUGCAAAGCGAGCUUUUAACAAGGGAUCUUAUACGCUCAUCCUCGUUUCGUGUGUCUGGAUUCGGUGCAGAGCUUCACACAACAUCUCAUGAUAGAUAUUAUCAUGGCCGUGACCGAGACCAGGCAUCUGAACCUGGCUGGCGAGUCUUUGUGACAGCAGAUCUCAUUUACCACGAAAGGCAGGAGAUAUACCACGCUUUGCAAGGAAACAUGACAUCUCACAUGUGGGAUUUUUUCUCCAAAACGCCAACUAUACAUGGUUUGGAUGGAUCAUUCCCCGAGUUUGAAUUUGAAUAUGACUCACAGUUGCUUAUUGACCCGUACCUGGCGAUUCGUAGUCAUUGGCUUAGUCUCCAUGGCAUCCUUCGCAACAAACCACCAGUCGAUAAAUUCCGUUUCACGCUAUGGUUAUCGGCUUUGUCAUUCGGGGAGCAAAAGGAACAAAAUAACAUGCUCGCCAUUCAAACACUGAUCCUAUUUUAUAUCUCACAGAAGAUGACGAAUAUUCAGUUUCCCUCUUCUCCAACAUACGAUCUUUCCCAAGGGUACGAAUAUAAAACGGGGAUCAUCAAAUCAAUUAUUGAAUACUCGUGUUAUCAAAUAUAUUAUUCCCCUGAAGGAAACAUGACCAAACGUGUGGAUGAGUCAAACAACUCAUUUAAAGUAAGACAAAAUAGGCUUUUCAGAGAUAAUAAAUCAUACGCAGUCAGCUUCUUGGCCUCUCUACUGCGGGAUAUGUGGCCCACCAGAACACCAUCAAUUGACGGAAACCCGGAAUGUGUUACUAACUACAUCGCUGUGGGAGCUGCUAUGGAGUCCGUCAGCACAAAAUUCCGGGUUUGGCUUGACAAUCUAUCAUUCUACCAGUACUUAGAUGAGAUUAUGCAAGUACUUGCUUGCUGUCCUCGGUACACACCUGCAUUGCCUUGGAAUUCACGCGGUGAUUCUUCCAGUCUUCAGCAACGGAAUGGAGGCUACAUCACAAUGACUGAUAUUCUCAGCCUGCCCGCGCCAGAAUUGCCCAAUGUUAUGGAAAACGUGCCAAACCCAAUUCCCAAGGAAGCCUCAUCUCAUUCAUCCACGGAAUCCCUGAAUCGUUUAAUCAAGAAUCUGGCUCACGGAGCAGAAUCUCGUUAUGAAAAAAGCUAUAUUAACUAUCUCCAAAAGAGUCUCGAAAUGCUGCAGAACAAGUCUACGAAUGAGACCUUGUGGUUAAAGGAACAGGGCUUAUUCCAAACUUUACAACAGAAUUUAGUCUUUCACCGGGAGCAUGUUGCAACCUGUUUCGAAUUAAUUCUGUCCGCAGUGGCUCAAGAAUUUGGGGGUAGCAAUUCUCGCAAGAAAUGGAUGCAAAUCAUCAUGCAUGCCGGCCAUGGUCCCCGGCUAUCCCCUAGUCUUAUCUUGGAACAACUUAGCAAACGACUGUGGUAUUCAUUGCCACCACCUUGGAAAAAGACGGUUGUAGAAUAUGGCUUAGCCCUAUCUGCUAUGCAGCGUGCAGGAAAAAUGUUUGAGUGCAAGGAGUCUCAAAGGGAACUUAUUAAAGAGAUCCAAAACGGGGGACACGAAAACUGGGAUCCUCACAAGUACCCUGACUCGUUGCUUUUAGAAGUCGAGAGCGACAUUCGAAUCCGCAAAGUCCAGGAAGAAAUUGCAUGUGAGAUGAGGCACCGACCAGCCAGAGAAAAUGUGGUGAUGCAACUGAACAUGGGCGAAGGAAAGUCGUCCGUUAUUGUACCUAUUGUGGCUGCUGCCUUGGCCGAUGGCUCUCGGCUGGUGCGAGUUAUUGUUUCUAAGCCCCAGUCGAAGCAGAUGUUUGAGAUGCUGCUCCUCAAGCUGAGUGGGAUGCUGGGACGGCGCAUUUAUCGUUUGCCAUUUUCACGAGCACUAAAGAUCAGCAGUGAAGAAGCAGAAUUUAUCCUCAAAAUGUGUCAAGAAUGCAUGAGAACUAAUGGAGUUCUUUUGGUGCAGCCCGAACAAAUCCUGUCACUGAAGUUGAUGUGUUUGGAAUGCCUCAUUACUGGAAAGACUGAUGUUGCGAAAUCGCUGCUAAAGACACAGAGAUUAUUUGAUCAAUAUGCACGAGAUAUUGUGGACGAAAGCGACGAAAAUUUCAGCGUGAAAUUUGAGUUGAUAUAUACAAUGGGUGAUCAAAAGCCUAUACAGCUCAGCCCAGAGAGGUGGACGGUAGUUCAUAAAAUCCUUGAUAUGGUCCGAAAAGAGUCACCCGAAGUGAAACGAGUCUUCCCCCUAGUAGAGAUUGGAAGUUGUCCCGAUGGAGGUUUUCCUAGGACCCGUAUCGCACAUACCGAUGCGCAGCAGGAACUGGUAUUUCGCAUUGCGAGAACAAUCUGUCAGCAAGGUGUAGUGGGCUUGCCUAUUGCGAGGCAAGGGAAAACUGUCAGAGACUCAAUCUACACGUAUAUUACGAAAUGGGAACUUGACGACCAAGAAAUCGAAGCAGUCGAAAACGAAUCCCUUGGCUUUUGGGGGGAAUCGACACGAGAUAUCCUGCUUCUUCUACGUGGUAUUCUUGCUGGUGGAGUCUUAUCUUUUACCCUUGGCUCAAAACGAUGGCGAGUGAACUACGGUCCAAACAAAUCUAGGAUUCCUCCCACAAAACUUGCUGUUCCUUAUCGUGCCAAAGAUAAUCCUACAGCCCGUUCAGAAUUCAGCCAUCCAGAUGUUGUUAUGGUAUUCACGUCCCUGAGUUACUAUUAUUCCGGCCUAGACGAUGAUGAUUUGUUUGAGACUUUCCAACAUCUUUUGAAAGGAGAUCAAUCAGAUGCCGAAUACCAGAUUUGGGUCAAAGACGCAGAUCGAUUGCCGGAAGCUUUUCGACAGUUAGUCGGAGUCAACCUCCAAGACCGAUACUUGUGUGUUGAAAAGUUGUUCCCUCCCUUCCGCUUCGCGAAGAGCGUAAUCGAUUACUUUCUAUCCCAUCUAGUGUUUUCAAAAGAAAUGAGAGAGUUCCCACAUAAGUUAUCAGCCUCUGGGUGGGAUAUUGGGCAGCUCACAGGUCAGCCAACCACCGGAUUCAGCGGAACCAACGACUCACGGCAGCAUUUACCUAUUGAUGUAAAGCAAUUGGACUUGGAGGAGCAAACACAUACCAAUGCACUGGUUUUGAACUACCUAUUGCAACCGGAGAAUGACGUUGUCGAAGUUCAGCUCGCAGGCGGGAAUGAGACUUCAAAUGCCGAAACCUUCCUUACCUUGGUAAUGAAACUCUCUCCUCCCGUGCAAGUGAUUCUCGAUGUUGGUGCGCAAGUACUAGAACUUAGCAACGUGGAUGUUGCAAGGGAAUGGUUAAAUCGGUCUUCUAGCCAGACCGUACCACCGCAGGGGGUAGUCUUUUUCGACGAUGACGAUAACCUUUAUGUUGUUGACCGGAAGGGACAAGUCGAGCUUCUCCAGACCUCACCCUUGGGCAAACAUCUAGAUGUCUGCUACAUAUUUCUAGAUGAAGCACAUACUCGAGGUACAGACUUAAGACUACCGGAUUUUUAUCGUGCAGCCGUGACCUUAGGUGCAGGAAUCACGAAAGACCGCUUGGUGCAAGCAUGUAUGAGAAUGAGAAAGCUUGGAAACGGCCAAUCGGUCGUGUUUUGCGUUCCUGAAGAUAUCCAACACCAGAUUCGAGAACGAACAAAUGAAACUAGUCUGCAGAAGAUAACCCUCUCCGACGUACUCACUUGGGCGAUACACGGAACAUGGGACGACGCCAAAAAGAGUAUGCCGUUGUGGGCCACACAGGGCGAGCGAUUUGUGCGCCAAAAGAGACUAUGGGAUAAUUUGUGCACAGAGAACGACGAUGCUGCAGUAUCCUCCGAGCAAGCUCGAAAGUUCCUCGAAGACGAGGCUCAGUCUCUGGAGCAGAGAUACCGACCUGGCUGGAAGAAGAGCUCUCCAUAUUUAUCCUUUGAAGUACGGGGUGAUGCCUAUUCUGAAAUUUUGGCGCGGUGCAAUGAAUUUGACAAUAUUUCUCAUCGUACGGCAAAGAUGAAUGAAGAACAAGAGCGCGAACUAUCACCAGAAAUUCAACAUGAGAGACAGGUGCAAAGACCACCCAAGGAAACGCCAGAAAAACACUGUAUCCACCCCGACUUAAAGGCAUUCAUUUCUACGGGGAAACUGUUGAGGGAUUCCUCUGCUUUCCGACCUGCUUUUCAAUCUCUAAGAGAAACCAGCGCAGCACAUCAUUUAGACGUUGCCGAGUUUCCCUUUGACUUGCUUGUGACAACCGAUUUCUGCAGAACUGUUAGGCCUCAAGAUACAUGGUCAUUUGUCUCAGAUGCCUACCAAAGAUCAGUUCAAUGGAUUCUAACGGGCCGAGACCGAUGCACCCAAAACGACACAGUUAAUGUCACUAGCCAAAUGGUAAUUAUAAGUCCUUUUGAGGCCCAGGAGCUAUAUGGACUCAUCGAGGAUUCAAAGUAUGUUACGAUGCAUCUCUACGGGCCACGCUCCAAUUUGGGAAAACCGGCACUAGACAAAUUGGAACUCUACAAUAUUUCCAAGGUAGGAUGCAACGGUUUGGAUAUCCCUCUGACACUUACCAUUCAACUCAAUUUGUUUGCGGGUCAAUUGUAUUUUGGAUGUUUUGAGGAAUAUGUCCGUGCUUGUGAACUUCUUGGUAUCGCUUCCGAGCCACGCGAAGACGUGAGGGUUGGUUCCGAUGGUUUUAUUUUCAGCGAUAAGCAAACAUCAACCUUCCAUAAUAGCCCAGUCAAAUUCCUCAAAGUGCUCAUGUCUAAGAUUCGGAGAAACGGCGAGGGGAUCGACAGAACGCAUAUGGGGCAGCUAUGCAACGGUAUGUUUCUAGAGGCCUCGGAUUUCAUUUCGUCUCUAGAAAUUUCUCCCGAAACUGACCAGUCGUUGGUUUUACGUUCUAAGUCAACCCGGUUAUAG